AGAAGAAGAAGAAGUACCGGAAGCAGUUCCCCGUGUCUAACUUGAGCAGUGCGGAGUCUGCUUGAAGAGGUUUGUUCCCGGGUCCUUGUUCUCCGUGAGUUCUGCUCUUUCCGUCCCGUAGUUCAUCAGAUACAACCGGAGUGAACCAGCAGAGCCCGUAUGUCUGGAUCAACCUGUUUAACUGGACUUUGUGCUCAUUUUCGGGCCGUUUAACCUCAGAAUCAUCUCCGUUAGCCAAGAAUGCUAACUGAAGUUAGCUGCAAAUAGACGGAGACGGAACUCGGCCACACAGCGCUCGUCUCAGGGACUAAUCGAUAGAGAUGAAACUGGAGCCACAAUGUCCAGAUAAACCUGUCUGAAUGGACUCUGUGUUGGUCCCUUUUAGUAGAAAACGUCUACAUUGUCUCCUGGUGUCCUACGAAGCUAAUGAAGUUAGCUUGCUACAGGAAGUAGACGGAGACAGAGGUAACCUAGCAACACAGCUCGUGUCAGAGUGAGCUCACCGUUUUUAACGGAGUGUGUCUGGAGGACACGGUACUGGGAUUUAGUGAAGAUGUCUAAAGUUGAAAUGCUGAGAGCUUUUGUGAACCAGCGACUAACUGCGGCUGCUGAUGAGAUAUUUGAGCUGUUUGAAAGGACGAUAGCAGAGUACGAGGAGGAACUGGAGUUCAGUUCAAGAGAGAAUCACCGACAACGGAAACUACUGGACGCUGUUUUACACCCGGAAGUCCGGUUACACAGAGCAGAUGACCAGCAGCUGUUGGUGGUUAACAAAGAGGUUUCCCCUGAGCGGCAGGAGUGGAGCCCCAGUCUGGACCAGGAGGACCCAGAGACCCCACACAUUAAAGAGGAGCAGGAGGAACUCUGGACCAGUCAGGAGGAACUCUGGACCAGUCAGGAGGGAGAGCAGCUUCAAUGGCUAGAAGAGGCUGAUAUCAAGUUCCCUUUCACUUCUGUCCCUGUGAAGAGUGAAGAAGAUGAUGAAGAAAAAGCUCAGUACUCACAGCUUCAUGAAAGCCAAAGUGAGGAGAACAGAGUGGCAGAGAGAACAGAAGCUGAUGGAGAUGACUGUGGAGGACCAGAACCAGCCAGGAACUCAGAUCCAGAUAGUCCUUUACAACCAGCUGCUCAUGACAAGACUUCACACUACUCAGAACCUGAGACUGAUGACAGUAGAGAUUGGGAGGAGACUCAGUCAGGUUUAAACCCUCUGCAAAACAAGAAGUUUGAAGUACCUGCAAGUGAUCUGGAAUGUAAUACUGCAAAAACAUCAUUUAGCUCCUCUGAAUGUGCUGGAAGCUUUGGCCACAAGGGACAUCUGCAUAAACACACUGGAGUCCAAACAGGAGUGAAACCAUUUAUAUGCUCAGUUUGUAGUAAAAGAUUCACAGACCAUAGUCUUCUGAGACGACACUUGACUGUCCACACAGGAGAGAAACCAUUUGGUUGUUCAGUUUGUGGUAAAAGAUUUGCAGACAGUAGUAAUCUGAGACGACACCGGGCCGUCCACACAGGGGAGAAACCAUAUAGUUGUUCACUUUGUAGUAAAAGAUUCUCACGCCAUAGUACUCUAAGACAACACUUGACUGUCCACACAGGGGAGAAACCAUUUAGUUGUUCUGUUUGUAGUUUAAGAUUUGCACGAAAGGCACAUCUGAGACAACACUUGGCUGUCCACACAGGGGAGAAACCAUUUAGUUGAUCAGUGUGCAAUAAAAGAUUCCCUUAUCUCCAUCAGGUCAAAAAACACAAGUGUGUUGGUGAGAGCAGCAGAAAUAAAUGAAGCUGCAGAGAUGCUUGUUGAGCCAUUUUUUUCCAGCAGGAUUAAAGUACUGAGGGCAAGACUUGGUACAACACUGAUUAGCUAAAAACUGUUAGAAGGCUGAUACAGACUCCAAAAUAAGCCUUUUUUAGCUCAAAUGAAGCUACACAAUCACUGUAUUUUUAGGUAUUACAUGUAUUCAUUGAUUAAAAGUAUUUUAUGUCCCCUAUA